GUGGGGAGCCCGGAUGUUGCUGUGGUAACGGACGGCGGUGUCGGCGGUGGCGGCGGCGGCGGCGUUCCUCCCCCACCUCCCCGUGUCCUUUCUGUGUCUCCGCGUUUACGGGAGGCGGCGUCAGCGUCGAGAGAUCGCAACAUGGAGCAUUGUUUCACAGAUGGACUUAAAACUAUUGGAGUGCCGUCCGAAUCUGAAUUGCACCAAGUGGAGCCAUCAACUGGCCAGCAAGUAUGGAACUCGGAAGGUGGUAGUAUGUGGCAAGUGACUGAUAUGACCCGCUUGCGUCGGUUUCUCUGUUUUGGUUCUGAGGGUGGGACGUACACCACCAAUGAGGAAAAGCUUGGAAAAGAAAAUGCUCAGGCAAUAUUGAGAUUGAUAGAAGAAGGUAAAGGGACUGAAGUCGUCCAGGAGAUAAAGACAUUUGGUAUUGAGGGAAGAGUGGCUACGCAAGAUCCUACUUUGUUCGCUUUGGCUCUUUGCACACAAUGCUCAGAUAUUUCUACAAAGCAAGCUGCCUACAAAGCUCUGGCUGAAAUCUGUCGCAUUCCAACCCAUCUAUUCACAUAUAUUCAGUUUAGAAAGGAUCUCAGUGGAGGAAUGAAAUGCGGUAUCUGGGGAAGAGCCCUGAGGAAAGCAGUGGCAAACUGGUACAACAGUAAAGAUGGGAUGUCUAUCGCUAUGGCCGUUACAAAAUAUAAGCGAAGAGCAGGAUGGUCACACAAAGAUUUACUUCGGUUGUCACAUCUGAAACCAGCUAAUGAAGAUCUCACUCUGGUCACCAAGUAUAUUAUGAAGGGUUGGAAAGAAGUUGAAGAAGCAUAUAAGGAUAAGGAAAACUCAGAUGGAAUUCAGCAAUUGUUGAAGUACUUCGAAGCUUUAGAGAGGGUAAAAAUGACCCAGGAUGAACAGGAGGUUGCUCAAUUGAUUGAGGAGUACAGGCUGGUCAGAGAGCACCUACUGACUAAUCACCUGAAGUCACGGGAGGUGUGGAAGGCAUUACUGAAGGAUAUGCCUAUUAUUGCAAUUCUCAAAAAUUUAGGGAAGAUGACUACAGAUUCCAUCCUUAAGCCAGGAAGUGAAGAGGUUACCAUGUUGUGUGAAAGGUUAAAAAAUGAGACUGUGUUAAAGAAGGCACGAAUCCAUCCAUUUCACAUUUUGGUGGCUCUUGAAACGUACAAAACAGGAAAAGGAAUCCGGGGAAAACUAAAGUGGAUCCCCAAUCCAGAAAUUUUAGUAGCACUAAAUCAGGCAUUUUAUAAAGCUUUUAAGAAUAUAGAACCAACGGGAAAGCACUUUGUAUUGGCUUUGGAUGUAAGCUCUUCAAUGUGCAGCCAGGUUCUAGGAUGCAGAGCUCUUUGUGCCUACAGUGUUGCAGCAGUUAUGUCAAUGGUUGUUACACAAACAGAAACCAAUUCUACAAUUGUUGCCUUUUCUAAUGAAAUGGUUCCAUUACAUAUCACUUCAGAGAUGGCACUGGAUGAAGUAUUAGCUGUGAUGCAUGCGGUUCCAUUUGGUUCUACUGACUGCGCUCUUCCCAUGUUAUGGGCCAUUAAGACAAAAACUGUUGCAGAUGUGUUCAUUGUCUUUACUGAUAAUGAAACCUAUUAUGGAAACAUUCAUCCUGUAGAAGCUUUAAGAGAAUACAGAAAGAAAAUGGGCAUUCCAGCCAAACUGGUUGUCUGUGGACUGGGUUCGAACAGUUUCGCCAUUGCUGACCCAGAUGACAGAGGCAUGAUGGAUGUCUGUGGUUUUGACGCUGGGGCUCUGGAAGUCAUUCGUAACUUCGCGUUAGAUUUGAUUUAAAUUUUGGAAGUAAACACCACUAAAUUAUCUAGUUCACAGAGUAAUUAUGUGCGAGGUUUCUAGGAUGGCUGAAUAGCAGACUCUCAUUAUGGGUUGCUAGUUUCUUAGUUGUGUGCCUGUUUGAUUUAACGGAAGAUUGUAAACGGUAUAUGUAAUUGAACUUUAAGCCUGUUCUGCCACAGCAAAUUAUUUUAACUAUAGAGUGCUUUUGACUUCCUGCUGUCAAGGCAUUUGUAACAUUAACUAGAGACAUCCUAGAGGAGUUAGGGUAUAACCAAAGUUGUGCUCUACAUUUUUUUCAGUGAGUUUACAAGAAGAACACUGUUUAAUUGUAUUUCUUUGUUGUGAACAGGCUGGCAAGAAAUAAGACGUUCGUAUCGUGGUGGAUUAAGUUUUUGAGAGGUAUCAGGUUACAGGAAUAUUCUGAGAAAUCUUUUUUAGCAUAUUGUGCUCUUUCUAAUUCUUUCAAUAACAUCUACCUGAAAAGGAAUAAUGUAGACAUGAAAGCGAAAGUGGGAACAUAGUAAGCCUGAGUUUAUUGUGGGUGGAUUGUGCUGAAUAAAGUUGAAUUCAAAAGGCAGAUUUGUGCUUUGCCAGUACUUUUGGAAGUUUCUAAUCUUUCAGUUGUCAGAAGAACAAAAGUUGUUUUUCAACACAGCAUAUAUAGUACAUUCCACAAAAUUAGAUUCCAAUUAUCAUUCACCAAAAAUUACCAUAGGUGUUAGAUUUUUGCUGAUCCUAUCAAAGCAUGAUGUAGAAAAGAGCAUGCUGGAGAUGUGUUGAAGAUUAAUGUAACUCAUUGAGAUUAGGUUCAUGAUUAAAUCUAUUUUGCAGGUGUUACAGCUGUGUUGCAAGUAACAAUUGUUAAAAUAAACUGCAGAUGGUUAAUCCAAUCAGUUUGAAGUGUAGAGUCAAUACCACAUGGUUGCAAGGCUGUAUAUAAGGCGAACCAUUGGUGAUGAAGAUCACUUUGCUAAUCUGAUCACACCUUUAUGAUUCUGAAGAUCUUUUACAGCUCAGAAUCUUACCAAGCUUUGCAUUUUAAACAAAAUCGUGCUCUUUCUGAAAAAUUUAUUUCAAUAGAAUAUUUAAAUUAUCCCUAUGAAGAAUCUUCAAGAAAAACUUUUGGUUGAGUGCAAUUCAUUUGCUUUCAGGAAAAUUUAUCUUACUGGUUUAAGAUAGUGUAAACUGUUCAGUAUAUGUUCUCUAGCUGUGAAUGGGAAUUCCAAACACUAAAGUGAUUUCUUUUAAAGAAUGGAAUAUUACAUUAGCAAUGUUAGGUAUGUAGAUCAGAAGCAAGGAGUGUGAGAGAGAGAACAGGUUACAGGAAAAUGGGAUUGAUGUGAUUGUGCUGACAGCUGGGAUAGACUCGAUGGGCUAAAUGGUCUUUACUUUAGUCUGAGGAAAGAUGAAACUAUGCUAACGUUCCAUGUAGUGAAAAUUAGGUUGGAAAGAUUUUGACAUAUUUUAACUAAUGUAAACUGUGGAAAAGUUAAUCUGACCAAAACAUGAAAAUACUGAUGAUAACACAAUUCUUUUUUAGAUUCUUGUUAAAGUAUAGCUCUGUUCUUUAGCGUUAUCUUCCCUUCGAAAAUUAUUUCCUUUUGUUUGGAAUCCUGAUUUCCCCUACCUAUGUCUUACUCAAGUGACCAUUAGUCAUAUUGUAAUAAUAUUUCUGGGCAAGUUGUUUGAACAGGAGCAUGACAAGCAAACUUGCCCUGAUCUGAUAAUUGUACAAGCAGUUAUAGCAACUGUUACUGAGUAACACUCUUGCAGUCAACGAAGGUGACUGAGUGUGGAAACUCAGUGGUGCUGUUGCAACUUCCUCUCGUGAAUGUAUGUGUAUCAGAUCAGGAUAGGUUCAGACCUGGAAAAGAAACAACUGAGGCUUCAAUUUCCUGUAAUGCUAAGUACUGUCCAGGUAAAUUAGGUAGAACUAAUUAGAUAGAAACCUUAACAGAAAUUAAGGGGACCAAAAGUUGACAAACUCCUUGGCUCUUGAAUUUAAAUCCAAGGACUUUUAAAGAUAUGGUAAAUGUGCUGGUUUUGUUCUUCCAGAAGAUGUAAGAUUCUACAAUAGUUUUUAUGAAUUGGAAGAUAGUAACUUUAACCUAUUCAAGAAAGGCAGGGAAUGCAAAAACAGGGAAACUGGGCUAGUUAGUUUUGCAUCCAUUUAGGGAAAAUGAUGGAAUCUGUUAUCAGGGAUAUUGGGACAGAGCACAUGGAAAAUAUAAAUAUGGUUCUAUGAAAGUGAAAGUAGGUUGAAACCAAAAUCUGCUGGGAAUUUUUGAGGUACAAACAAUCAUAUGAUGUAUAUGGAUUUUUAAAAGACAGUCAAGUGCACGCAAGAUUUUGUUUCACGAGAUGAGAAUGUUGUAUUGGCAUGGAUCGUAGAUUGGUUAAUAGAUGGGAAAUGGAGCAGAAAUGAAUGGAUCAUUUUCAGAAAGGCAAUGUGUAACCAUUUUGAUUCCACAAAGUUCAGUGCUUGACUGUUUGGACCAAGUGUUUGUUUCCAGUUUGUCUUGGCAUUUAGGCAGGCUUUUAGGAGGUUGCAGAUACAGUGAUGGUAUAUAAUGUAGAGAAAUGAUUAGGCAAGAAGGUGAAAAAUGGAGUAUAGCCUAUUAAGUUAGGACAUUGAUUAGAAGAAUUCAACAGCAUUUUUCAUACAUUUGAAAAAUGACUAAAUGUUGCAGGGGAAAUGGGGUGCAAAGGUAAGGAGGUCUAGCUACAAUUGUAAAGAUCUUCACUGAGACCAUAACUAGUGUAUUUUGAAUGGUUUUGGUCUCUCUGACAAAAGAAUCUUAAAGAGCUGCUCCAAAGGUGCUUAAAAGGGCUGCUCCAAAAGUUCACCAGAUUGAUUCCUGGAAUGAGUGGGCAAUUUUAGAUAAUUUGAGACUCUGGCCCAUGUACUCCAGAGUGUAGAAGACUAGGACACAAGGUUCUUGGGGUAUCUAAAAUUGCAGAGAUAGUUUCCCUCACUUGGAGAGUGGAGAACCAGUGGACAUAGUUUCAGGAUAAAAGGUCAACUGUUUAGUACUGAGGCAUGACUUCAUUUAGAAUUGGGCAUCUUUGGAAUUCUCUGUUCCAGGGGAGUUCUAGGUACCUAGUCAAUGAGCAUACUCAGUAAUGAGAUGGUUAAAUUUUAGAUAGUAAAAGAAUCAACAGAUAUAGGGAUAGGGUGGGAAAGUGUAAAUGAUUAAAAAGUUCAUCCAUAAUCUUGUUGCAUGAACAAAGCAAGCCUGGAAGGGCUGUACAGUCUGUUCGUGCUUCCACUCCCUGUAUUUUAUAUCUUUUGUCAUUAAUUGCAUUUGCAUUUAUUUGAAGGCCAACAAUUAGGAAGAUGACAUGGAAGAUUUUCCAUGCAAGUUGAAGGCAAAUAUCUAAACUGGUGGUUUUUAGAAGAUGAUCUGAAAAUUAACUCAAGUAUGACCCCUUAUUAUCUCAGUUACAGAUGCAGCAACCCAACAGAGGUCAACUUUAUGAAUUGACAUUUUGGGUCAUCAGAUUGAACCUGGUCCUGAAGACCGGUACUUAAUUUGCUGAAAUUCUACAUCGGUUUUUAGUUUUCCAAAAUGACAAUUUAAUAGCUAUUGCUUGGAUUUCACUUGCAAACUGAAGGACAUUGAAUUAAAGUUAAUUAACAACAAAUGGAAGUGCAGCAACAGAGGGCUGUCAUUAUCAAUAUGAAAAAUAUGCUUGUGUUUGCAUUAAUUUUUGUAGGUUUUGGAAGUUGAUUGUUGUGGACUCCAAUGUAAAAGUAUAUGUCUGUACAUAAUGCAUUCCAUAGAAACUCUCAGGUAUUUGUAUGUUUUGAAGUCUGUGAUAUUUUAGUCAGGAUCUUUACAUUCAUCAGCCAAAAUUAAGACGUAGGCAUUUGGGAAUUUGGCUGCUUUCUGGAGAACUUACAGACUGCUUUUGAAUCUUGACUCAGUCACAAAGAAUAACUUCCAUUUAUUUGCACCUUUAACAUAGUAGUAAAGUCCAAUGAUGCUUUAACAGACACUGCAUAUUUUUUUGAAAUUGGAAAUAUUGAGGUUGUGGCAAAAGUUGGUCUUGAACUCUGUUACUACAAUUUACUUUUACACAAUACAAAUCAUUGUUUUUUUUCCCUCUGGUCUGUUUUAAUGGCUGCUCAGCUAUCUUUAUAGCAGUCUGUGAUCUAUUGUAUUUGUACAGAUACACAGUAUAGUUUUUAUUUUUCUCUUUGUACUUCAUAUUUAUUUGCUUUCAUAUGCAACAGAUUUUAUAUGAACAUUCCAACUCAUCUGCUUUUGUCUGUCUACCUUGCAUUUGUUUGCAUGUAUCCCUGUGUGCCACUUAAAUUUGUAGUUUUAUAUAUUUUCCAUUCCACAUUUAUCUUUUAUUGGCUGCCUGAUUUCUGCUGAACAAAGUUACACUACAGAGGAAUAACUAUGUUUUUAAAAUGCAGCUAAAAAAAAUUGGAAAUACAAAUUCUAUCUUAUACUUGGCAAUAUUCUAAAGCUGAUCAAAGAAACAAAUAAAAUAUUAAAAUUCUUCAGGUUGCUAUGGCCAAACAACACAAUGUAACAUUUGCCACUGUCUAGGAAGCUAAUAUCCCGCACGUACAAUAAAGUGCACGUUGUUAAUUAUUCUGCACUAAACACAUCUGUCGUCUUUGCCAAUUCUUUUGAUAUAAAAUGUGUUAAUUGUACUAUGCCUUUCACAUUGCCUAGAAAAUGUAACAUUGUGAAACUGUAAUUUAAUAUGUUUAAUGUCUCCAGGCAAAGUAACCUUUAUCUUUCUAGCCAACUUAAAGUGGAGUCAAUGGUACCUCAAUAUGACCCAACAAAUCAUUUAAAUUAUUGUACCAAACAAUGCUGGAGGACAGAUUUUUUUAUAUAGAUUGUAGAAUUAAUUUUGUCACUUUUAAAAUCUGUAACAUGUAAUUUGAUUAAAACAGACAUUUUUACUGACAAGAGUUUUCACUGAAACUCUGCAUAUUGAGUUAAAAGCUAUUGAAGUCAUGAUCAACCUAUUGCUGUUGUAUGCAAAUACGUUUCUCAAAAUUUUGGAUUUGUAUCCAUCUUUAUGAGCCCAAUAUUAUCUAGAAGGUAAUAUUGGCAAUCUAAAACUGGUUACUGUUGUCUACUUUCUAGAGCUGCUCUCUCCGUAGGGGUUGAAUGUCGCCACUUGAAAAGGCGAUUAAUCACUAACAUCACAUGUCAAACUAAACAUAAUGCUGUGUGAAAUAUGAAUGUUACUGUUAACUGCCUUUACAUUCACUAUAUGCAUUCAAUUGUUUUUAUAUUUAAUCCAGUUGAAAUAAAGUGCU